GAUCCACCGAGUUGUCGCCUCACGCCCUCGCCAGAGAAACGCGGCAUGGAGACUGCGAGCACCGCGCACUGGACGGGGGCGGCGGUCGCCCCUGACACCUGCGCCGUGGGCGGCGCCGGAGGAGCGCUGUUCGCGCAGCUGUUGGCAACCCUGCUGCACGCGCAGUGCCUGCUGGGGGACCGUAGCGCCUACCCGCCGGACACGGCGAGCCCGCUGCCCGAGUACGACUUCGUGGUGGUCGGCGCCGGGUCGGCCGGGGCGACGGUGGCCGCCCGCCUCUCGGAGAACCCCGACUGGACGGUGCUGCUGCUCGAGGCCGGCGGCGACCCGCCGCCCACCUCCGACGUGCCGCGGCUCUUCCCGACGCUACAGAAGACCGAGGCGGACUGGCAGUUCGAAACGGAGCCGGACCCCCGCGCGUGCCGCGCCUACCGCGGCGGCCGGUGCGCGUGGCCGCGCGGCAAGGCGCUGGGCGGCUCCAGCGUGCUCAACUGGAUGAUCCACGUGCGCGGGCCCGUCCAGGACUACGACGUGUGGGCGGCGCUCGGCAACGACGGCUGGUCCUACCGCGACGUGCUGCCCUUCUUCAUGAAGUCGCAGGACUUGGAGGCGGACGAGCUGAGGCGCCGCCCGCACGCGGCCGCCGUCCACGGCACGGGCGGCGGUCUGCGCGUCAGCAAGUUCGGCCCCGACGACCCGUUCAUGCGGACGCUCAGCGACGCCGCCAGGGAGGCAGGCCAGAAAGUCGUCGACGACUUCAACUCGGACGGCUACCUCGGCUUCACCAACAACUUCGGUACGGUGAGGAACGGGACCAGGUGGAACGUGGCUAAGGCGUUCCUCGUACCGGCGAAGAGCCGAGAGAAUCUCCACGUCGUGAAGCACGCACACGUCACCAAAGUCCUCGUCGAUCCCGCGACGAAGAAGGCGUACGGAGUCCAGUACCUCAAAGACGGGAACGUGCGCGAGGUGAAGGUCGCGAAGGAAGUGGUAGUGUCUGCGGGAGCCGUCAACACCCCACAAGUUCUCAUGCUGUCCGGUAUCGGGCCGAAGGCACACUUGGAGGAACUGGGAAUACCGGUGGUGAAGGACCUCAGAGUCGGAUACAACCUUCAAGAUCACACCAUUUACACCGGACUCGCGUACCUCACGGAGAAUUCUGAGCGAGAUUUGGAGCGUAAGAAGAAUCAAGUGCUGCAGGGCGCUUUCGAGUACUUGACGAACAGGACGGGUAUCCUGUCCAACACCGCCCUGACCAGCUACCAGGGUUUCGUGAGGACGGACAGUGCCCCGGACGACGACGAAACCUACUCGGACAUCCAGUACCACUAUGCGAGGUUCGAGCCGACCUUCAAGGAGUGGAUGGAGGCGUUCCUGGAGGCGGGCAGCUACGCCGACGAGUACCGCACGGCGCUGCGGCUGCUGGCCGAGAAACACGACGUGGUGCUGGUGCUGCCCACGCUGCUGGGGCCCACCAGCCGCGGCCGCGUCUCGCUGCGCAGCCGCGACCCCGCCGACCCGGUCGUCAUCGAGGCGGGCUACUACAGCGACCCCAGGGACUUGGACAACAUGCUGGCCGGCAUCCGGCUGGCGCACCGCCUCGGCACCACGGAGGCGAUGCGCCGCGCCGGCGUGCUCGUCAGGGACGUGCCGGUGGCGGCGUGCGCCGGGCUGCCGCCGCUCACCGACCAGUACUGGCGCUGCGCCAUCCCCCACCUCACCACCACGCUGUACCACCCGGCCGGCACCGCCAAGAUGGGGCCCGCCGCCGACCCCGACGCCGUCGUGGACCCGCGGCUGCGCGUGCACGGCGUGCGAGGCCUGCGCGUCGCCGACGCCUCCGUCAUGCCGCUCGUCGUCAGGGGCAACACCAACGUGCCGUCCGUCAUGAUCGGCGAGAAGUGCGCCCACAUGGUGGCCGAGGACUGGAGCCACCACUGACGGCCGCUGUCGCCCUAGUCUCGCGAAUUUUUAACUGCACGCAGUGUCCACAUUCUGACGUACCACUCCUCUAGCUACCCCCCCCCCCCCCCCCCCCACACACACACACACGUUCGAAAGCCUUCAGCACCACCCACCGACACAGCUAGCUGCAAACGACUGGGUCAGUAGUCGAAUGUAAAAUGCUAAACCUGUAGGACGAAAGUCGUAUUAUAAGAACACAGCGUCAGGCACCUCCAACUGUUCGUAUCUAAAACACACACUGUCAUUUCAUAGUGACAUCGACGCUAGAAAAUCAACAGAAGCAAAACAAAAUUUAUAGGCAACACUGAAUUUAAGUUGGGCUUCUUAACCUCAACAAAGAGUUGUCCUCUCACCAAAAUACAGCGGCAACACAUAAUAUGCUGACAAUACAAUACAAAGGAAAAUGUUACUUGAAAGGAAACGCGAACAGGAAUUAUCCGGGAAAUACGUUUUGUUUUAUCUCACGUAAGGAUCACAAAGAUGUCAUCCAAAUGGGUUUGCUGUUGAACAAUUUACUACUACAGUUCUCUUGUCUAAAAUGAGACCUGCCGAAAUAUUCAGUUACCAACUUCAUAUUAUUACACUGCGAAUAAAGCUUAUGUUUCUCUUAUUAACAUUCUUUGAAUCUCAGAGCCUCUUCUUGCAGUUAGUUCCCUCCUUUCCAGCGACAGAAUUUCUCUUUCUCUCUAGAAAACCUACUGCAAACCCCCUUCAACUUCCGCUGUGAGAACUGCUCCUCUGAGGCGUCCACAGCCACAGUGAGAGCUUAGUCCCCCCCACCCGCCACCACUCACUUAUCGUACUCAGUACUCCACCCCACCCACCGCACUCAGUAGCUCAACACCCACUGUGCCAUCGCUUGGUACACUUUCCAAUUUCUCGGCCUCCUAAACAACAACGACAAAGAGGUCUUAUGCCCACAUACUCCCGUCCUACUUCGCUGUCGAGUAAGAUUAGUUUCUCGCUUUCGUCGUAGUCCAGAAGCCACAGAGACUGCUUACAAAGAAACAGCAGCGUUCUGCAGCUCACGACCCAGAGGCUUUUGGUGCACACCAACACCCCCGAUAACCCCAGGGCCACUGUGGUGUCAUAGCUAUUCCCAAUACACAAUUUGUUUCUACGAUCACAAAAAUUCUCGUCGUACUAUUGGUUUCAUCCCAUACCGAUGAUCUCCAGAUGUGUUUAAAAUAUACCCUAUUUUACCAGAGCCCUUAAAGCUUUCACACUCAACUUUACUCGUCAGUUAACUUUAGUGACGCCAGAGUUCCCAAUGGCACAGCAAUCGACCGAGCGCGCGCAGAUAAGCGAGGUUUCUGCCUUCCUCACACCGCUGAACAAUGGACUCCCAGGCCACACUCUCCCACUGCGGACCACCGCAUCGCUCAGGGAGACGUUACACUCCUUGCAGCCGAGAUGUGGCCGGCGUCAGUUACAAAAGUGUGCUCAGCGUUUCCCCACCGGCCUUUAACUAUAUCAAGCUAUUUGCUGCCAUCGAGCUAUUUACUACCAUCACAGCAAGUAGUAUCUCCACCUGAAAAAUUUAAUUAAAUCUCCUUAAUGCUAUCGCUAUCCGUUGUUCUAAGAAUUUCUCACAUUACUGAUUAUUAUUACACAAACACACUAACGCCGCCGUAUGUUCUUAAGAUCACGAAGAGACAUUGGCUUUCUCCUUACACCGGACGUGAGUGCUGGUUCUCACAGAACGAUGUUGGUGUAGGUACCAGCAGGUUCACGAUCCCAGCAAUCUUGCUCUGAUGUCUUCAAGUGUGUCUAAGCCUGUUUGGAGUCGUAUUAUUUUGAAAGUCGUCAGACUUGUUUUCCUGCACGGAUUCACAGACGUACUUAAGACAUCUGGAGCUACUUCUCCGGCAGCUACCUUCCGCAGGUGUGUAGAGAGAUAAGACAAUUACAAAAAUAUUAAUACCAAACUGUUUGGCAAACAUAUAUAACAAUGAUUUUCUACAUGAAUUUAAAUUUUACUGGUGUCUCUGCAAGCUUUAAUGUGUACUAAGUUUACAUUUUUUCAAAAUA